CAGCAUAAGUCUGACCCCAACUCGCCUCCGAGGCUCCAAUCCUCUGUCUUUCUCUUCCAAAUCCCCUACUCCGAUCCCCUCGCUCGCCGCCGGCGAUUGAGACGCUCACAGCCCGCCAUCGAACAUCGCUAUGCCAUCGCGAGGACAUCCUGCAGCUUCUCUUCCUCCGCUACUACACGAAGCGGCAGCUGCACCGGAAGGCGGAAGCCGUGCCCUGCCGUCUUGUUGCAGUUGCAGCGCUCACGCCUCACUGCCUCAGCUGCUGCGGCCCUGCAGUUGCGCCGCGACGCGAAGCACGCACGUGCUGGUGGCUGGGGGCGCAUCUUCACGUACUCCACGGUCUGGGGCUCUUCCAUCAGGACACGGUCGCCAUCGACCUCGUCGCGUGUCGCCCACAAUAUGCUCGAUGAAAUGUGCCAGGGCAGGGCGCGUGCGCUGGGGCUGAGGUGCAAGGAACUGAUCGAUCAUGGUGGUCACACACGUCACCAAGUAGAAGUGCUCACUAGCUUUAGCUUGUUGGCCUGGAGUGGAGGAAGGGGUUCACGGCAUGGUUUUCCAAGAGCUUCCAAGCAAGCGAUGGCCAUGGCCAGAGUGUUGCAUCUCUGGAACGAAUGGGAGAUCCAGAUCCUGGUCCUCGUCAGCUUCGCUCUGCAGGUGUUGCUGCUCAGCUUCGCGUGGAUGCGUCGGCGCAGCAUCUCCCGCGUUCUGAGGGUCCUCCUUUGGCUCAUGUACCUACUGGCUGAGUACACCGCGACAUACACCCUCGGCCACAUGUCCAUUGCUGGCAAGGCAGGCGAGCAUCAGCAGCUAAUGGCGUUUUGGGCACCGUUCCUCCUCAUGCAUCUUGGUGGCCAGGACACCAUCACCGCCUACGCCAUGGAGGACAGCCAGCUCUGGCUGCGCCACCUGCUCACCUUCGCCGUGCAGGCACUCGGAGCAGGCUAUGUCCUCUACAAGUACAUCGGCAGAAGCGGGCCACUGGCCACGCCUGCUGUCCUGUUGUUUACCGUGGGUGUACUCAAGAAUGCGGAGAGAGUGUGGGCACUCAGUUUCUCCAGGCUGGAAAUCAUAAGAAGGUACAUGGACAGUGUUUCUAUAGAUCAAGUUUACAAGGCUUACCCUGGGGCUGAAUGUUUGGAGAGGCAGCCGAAACGGGGCACCUGGGAUUUCUGUCUGGGCCUAGCAGGUCUCCUUGUGUGGCGGAAACCAACGAAUUCGAAGACGCCUAACGACAAUAGUAGUAAGUUUGAAAGAAUCAAACAGUUGGAUGAUGAGUCUGUUCUGCAGGGUGCUCAUGACCUGCUCUACAUCUGCAUGGGUCAGUUUGUGGAUGACAAGAUUUGGCCGUCCGAGUUUCAGAGGAGAGCCAUGGACUUUUUCCAUCUGAAUGGCAAAACAUUCCAGCUGGUUGAGAUGCAACUCUCCAUGAUGUAUGAUAUCUUUUACACCAAGGCAGCAGUAAUCCACACGUGGUAUGGACGUUGUUUCCGUGUCAUUUCUUUGCUUGGAACUGCUAUGGCAUUCUUUCUGUUUCAAUUCAGUACUGGCAAAGAUCACUACAACAGAGUUGAUGCCACUGUGACCUACAUACUGGUAACUGGAGCGUUCAUUCUGGAGGCAGCAUCGGUGUUGAGGGCAAUGGGGUCAACUUGGACAUGUGCCUUGCUAAGAGAGAGGGAGUGGGCACGGCUGCACAGCCUGCAUGUGUCUCUUCGGCGGUAUGUCAGGAUAGCACAAGCAAGAAGAUGGUCUGACUCCAUUGGCCAGCUUAACCUGCUGGACUCCUACUCCUACACCGGUGACAAAACAAGUAUAGCGGCUGAAACAAGUGGUGAUGAGGAAGAAAUAUUCAAUAAAACAACUAGUCGAGGAUCCCUUAUUGGAGAAAUAUUUAAUAAAGCAAGUCUAGAAGAAGGCAACAGUAGACUCCCUCAAGAAAAGGAUAAAGGAGGAGGCUUCGUCCAAGAAAAAGAUAAGAGGGGUAGUCUAGGCAGAAAAUUGAUCUCCUUUUGGAAACAUGGCGGCGGCAGUUGCAGCAGCAGGAUUUCGACGGCCGCCAAGGAGCUGGUGCUGCAAGAGAUACGGAGAUUGGUGGACGCAUGUAAAGGUAAGGAGGGUGUGAUGGGGAGCUACCGUGGUCAGUGCGCCCUGGAGCAGCGACGAUAUGAACCUGAUGAUGAUGAAGAUGGAUUAUUCUUGAAGGAUCUCACCUGGAGCACGAGCAUGGAGUUUGAUCAAAGCAUCCUUACCUGGCACCUUGCCACCCACAAGUUCCUCAAGUACUCAGAAUCUACUACAGAUGCAGGGUCCCUCUCCCUCGUGGAGGCAACCAAGGCCGUCUCCAACUACAUGAUGUUCCUCCUUGUGGAAUGCCCCUACAUGCUGCCAUCCCCAGUUCGACCCACACUGCAUGUCCAGGCCAAGAAAGUGUUGCGUGAACAGCGUAGCUGGGAGCGGUUCAUAACACGGGACCGUACCACCAAAAUUGUGCGAGUCAUUGACCCUGGAGCAAAACUUGCCGACGAACUACUACACAUAGAAGAUUCGAAGAUGCCAGGGCCCAACGAGCUGCUGCGGGUGGUUUUUGGGGUGUGGGUUGAGAUGCUGUGCUACGCGGCGCAUCACUGCAGCAGGGAGUCCCAUGCCAGGCAACUCAACAAUGGCGGAGAGUUCAUCACCACUGUGUGGCUUCUGACAACGGCUGAGUUCAAUCGCGUCCACUGCAGUCUAAGAAACUUUAAGGACCGCAAGCACAGUUCUAUCUUCAUGGAUUUCAUGGCAUGCUGGUCGGCGUUGAUAUUAUGGUUUUCAUCACAUUCCAUGCAGGACAUUCUGAGAUCAUGUUGGUCUGCGUUGAUAUCAUGGUAUUCAUUGGUUAUCAUGGCGCCGGUCCUGAUAUCAUGCAGGUCUGCGCUGAUGUCAUGGUAUUCAUCGAUGUUAAGGUUUCCGUUCAUGGAAUGCAUUCUGAGGUCAUGCUCCGUGAUGUUUUCCCUUAUUUUCUUGCCAAUUCGGGGUAUUAUAUUCCUUCUGAAAUCACCCUGGAUCCCGGAGGUUCCUGGUAGCAUGGGCAUUUGUUAGAUAAUACUGUAAUAACAUGAUGUGUAUAAUGUGGACGUGUCAAUACAUUUGGAUUAUCCAUAGGUAACCCCCCUUUUUUUGUAGAUUGGAUUUGGUGGAAUUGGAUCUCUCGGGAUUUUGUAUGUAAAUUGGAUUACUUAACCAGCACCGCUAAUCUGGAUCUUUGGACACUAUUAUUGGACUUAUAUACUGAAAUCAGAUCACCUUAUUCAGAAUAAUACCAUGAAGCUUUUUCAUGAGAAGAGCAAAACAUUCGAA